AAGAAGAGGACGUCGAAGAAGCACGGGAGACGCAGACGGUGGUGGGCAGAGAGAGCGACGGCUCCAGGCCGGCACGAGCGAGGUGAGAUGCGCCCCUAUCAUCCUGAUCGCUCUCAAUCGUCCGUGCAGUUUCUAUCGGGGUGCCCUCGCCAGCCAGGACGCGGCUUCGACGGCUAGCAACGAUAGCGGCGGUACAGGACCGGAGAACGCUCGCUCCGACAUCAGAACCGACCGACAUCGAGCAUCGGCGAAAGGAUAAAAUUUGAGAAUGGGCGGCGGAGAAUGGAGCGGUUGGUUGCAACGAUGCCGGCAGUCUCGGAGGCUCGUUCUCGUCAUCGUUGCCAUCGCAUUACUGUUGGAUAAUAUGUUGCUGACGACUGUAGUUCCAAUAAUACCGGAAUUUCUUUAUGACAUUAAACAUCCUAAUGCAACAUUAAGUGAACAUCUGGAAGGAAGCGCAGCUCGUCAAAGUACAGUCACCACUACAACAUCGCCAACGACAACUACAACGCCAAUAUGUCCUUGUGCUCCAAACGUAUCGGUUGCUUCUCAAGUAGAAUUUCUACGCGUUACAACUUCUUCCACCGAUCUACCAGAAGUUACCACGGUCAAUCUUACGUUGUCAGAGACGAAGGAAAAGGAACAAAGACAUCGCGAAUUACUGGAAGAGACCGUGGCAGUGGGAAUGAUGUUCGCUUCCAAGGCUUUUGUUCAAUUGUUGGCUAAUCCCAUUGUCGGGCCGUUAACCCAUAAAAUCGGAUAUAGCAUACCUAUGUUCACUGGAUUCAUCAUAAUGUUUUUAUCUACAUUAAUUUUUGCUUUCGGACGGAGCUACGGUAUACUUUUUCUGGCGCGAGCUCUUCAGGGUAUCGGUUCAUCGUGUUCUAGCGUUUCCGGUAUGGGUAUGUUAGCGGAAAGAUAUCAAGACGAUAAAGAGCGUGGUAACGCGAUGGGCAUUGCAUUGGGUGGACUAGCUCUUGGUGUCCUUAUCGGCCCUCCAUUUGGUGGAGUGAUGUACGAAUUCGUAGGAAAAUCUGCCCCGUUUUUGGUCCUCUCUGCAUUGGCCCUUGGUGAUGGAUUAUUGCAGCUUUUGAUGCUUCAACCGUCGGUCGUGUACACAGAAGCAGAACCACCGUCAUUAAAAUCUCUCAUCACUGAUCCCUAUAUUGUUUUGGCAGCUGGUGCGAUAACAUUCGCAAAUAUGGGCAUCGCUAUGUUGGAACCGAGUCUACCGAUCUGGAUGAUGGAUACGAUGGGCGCGAGUCGCUGGAAACAAGGAGCCACGUUUUUACCGGCGAGCAUCAGCUACCUAAUUGGAACGAAUCUUUUCGGGCCACUCGGACAUAAAAUGGGCAGAUGGUUAGCUUCCCUGAUAGGACUUGUCGUUAUUGGUAUCUGCUUGUUGUGUAUUCCACUGGCGAGAAGUAUCAAUCACUUGAUCGUACCAAAUGCGGGUUUGGGUUUUGCGAUCGGCAUGGUGGACAGUUCCAUGAUGCCCGAGCUAGGAUAUCUGGUGGAUAUAAGGCACACUGCUGUUUAUGGAAGCGUUUAUGCUAUUGGCGAUGUAGCAUUUUGUCUUGGUUUUGCUAUAGGUCCGGCAUUAAGUGGAACUUUAGUCAACAGUAUUGGUUUCGAAUGGAUGCUUUUUGGUAUAGCCAUGUUAAAUUUCGCUUAUGCGCCUCUCAUGUACUUCCUAAGGGCACCGCCGACCAAAGAGGAGAAAAAGUCGUUAAUAAUUGGUGAAAAAUCAUCUGUACGCUAUGUCACUUACCAGAACGAAGAAGAGGACCAAUGAAACAGCUAUUCUAAAUGUUUCGGAUACUCUGUUUUUUCUGCUCGUUAUUCUCUUAAUAUGUCGUAAAAGCACUACUUUUACAUUAUCUUAUUUUUUGUUCGUAUCAGUUCUUGCCUCUUAACUUUUGGCAUAAUACGUGAUAACAGCGAGACAAUAAUUCAUUCUUCUUUAUUUAACAUACAUAUAACUAAAUUGGAGAUAUCUGUGUACUGUUAUUUUAAUAAAUAAUAGAAAGAUCGACAAACAUCGACAAUAAGCACAACUGUUGACAUGCACUUGAUAACGUUUGGCAAACUAAUUACUAUAUAUAAAUGUAAAAUUCUUUGUAAUCAAGGAAAGCUUUUGCCGAUACUCUUUUGGAGGGAAAGACAAACGAUCUUACAAAUAGACAGAUUCGGGGAAUUCGCACAAUACCACACUUGGUAUUUAUAUAAAAAUAAUAUAUCCUCUCUCUCUCUAUAAAUAAAGAGAUAAAUUGCGCGCGCAUGCGCGUAUAAACGUUGAGAAUAAACUCACAUUCUCGAUCUCAUCUUUUCAAAUAAAUAUUUUCAGAUAAGAGUUAGCCAUUACGGGAGCGGAUACAUUGUUGUGAAAUGUAUUUCUGUGUAUUCUGCAUUAUCGGUACUUGUCUCAAACGCGAAAAUGGACAUACAAAAGUGUAUUGUAUAUUGUAUGUAACAAAGAGAUAACGGUAGAUUAAAGCCCAGUAGAAUGAAGCAAAAAUCGCGAAAAAUUAAAAAAACUAGUUAUACAGUAGCACGUGAGCAAAAUAAAAAGAUACGUUCAUUAGAAUAUAAAUGUUUCAAGGUACAUAAUAAGGAGAAAAAAAAUUACAAAAUGUAAACGAGAGUUACUCUUAAAUGUAAAGGUUUAGAUUCAGAAUGUACGUUGUGAGACUUACCGUUAAAAAUAAGUGCAUGAGAAAUGUAUGAGAAAACGCGAUGCGUAUGAUACGGAACAAAGCUACGAUAAUCGGUAUCGCGUGAUUGGUACAUCGAAUGGAAAAUGCCCAGUGUACUCUUCGAUGUGACAAAUUAUCAAAAACUUAUUCUCAUCGAAAAGAACCGCCCGACGUGGUUUCCCUGAAUGGCUGCAGGGAAACCGACGAGAGAAACCAGUCGGGUGUUUUAAAGGGUUCUUCGCGCAAUGUGAUUAAAUCGGAAUUUGCAUUUUCAAGUUGCGGAAACGACGCCGACAUCUCACACGAAGUACCUUGUGGCGCGUACGGUUUACCGAAUCUCGCUGAUCCUAUCGUCGCAGAGAGAAAAGAUAAGUCACGAGAGAGGAAGAGAAAGAGAGAGAGAGAGAACGAGUUCGAGCUUACGUUGCCGUAAAUCCUGACAUUUCUCGAUAAAUUCUUCAAGAUUAAUUUGUGUUUCGCGCCAUGUUUUCUGCUGCAUAAAGAAUUUAUGGAGAAGGUCGUAGGAUUUGUUGUGCGAUAGAAAGUAGUAUCCAUAAUUAAAAAGCAAGAAUGCAGAGGGAGACAGAGAGUGAGAGAAA